UAAUGGCAUCUGAUAUGCUCUCUUUUCCUUUGUUCUCUUCCUUGAAACCCAAACAGGAUUUCCUUUCCUCCCACGCUGAGGAGGGUCAUGGAGAAGAGAGACAGACUUCCAGGGGAAAGGGCACCUUUGGUUUCAUUAGAUAUAGACCUUAAAAUGUGUGAAAUGUGGAACAUGCUUCAUUGAAUGAGCACACAUAGCUCACAUAAACAAACCCCAAAAGUGGCGAAACCAUUUAAAGGUAUGGAGUGUGGAAAGACUUUCAUUGAUAGAACACAUCAGCCGACUCACAUGGGCAAGAAAGGAUUCAAAUGCAAGGAGUGCGGGAAGAACUUCAGUCGGAGUGGACACCUCAAUAUACAUCAACGGACUCACACAGGGGAAAAACCAUUUAAAUGCAUGGAGUGCGGAAGGCAAUUCAGUCAGAGUGGAAGCCUAAAUAUGCAUCAACUGACUCACACAGGGGAGAAACCUUUUAAAUGUAUGGAGUGUGGAAAGAGCUUCCGUUUCAUUGGAAACCUUAGAAGACAUCAACAGACUCACACAGGGGAGAAACCAUGUAAAUGUAUGGAGUGUGGAAAGUCCUUUCGUGAUAAUGGAACCCUUAGAGGACAUCAAGGGACUCACACAGGGGAGAAACCAUAUAAAUGUAUGGAGUGUGGAAAGAGCUUUAGUGAUAGUGGAUCCCUUAGAAAACAUCAACGGACUCACACAGGGGAGAAACCAUUUAAAUGCAUGGAGUGCAGAAGGAUCUUUAGUGAUAGUGGAUCCCUUAGAAAACAUCAGCGGACACACACAGGGGAGAAACCAUAUGAAUGUAUGGAGUGUGGAAAGGGCUUCAGUUUCAAUGCAAACCUUAGACGACAUCAAUGGACUCACACAGGGGAAAAACCAUUUAAAUGCAUUGAGUGCGGAAAGAGAUUUAGUGAUAAUGGAAAACUUAGAACACAUCAACGGACACACACAGGGGAGAAACCAUAUGAAUGUAUGGAGUGUGGAAAGAGCUUUCAUGAUAAUGGAAACCUUAGAACACAUCAACGGACUCACACAGGAGAGAAACCAUAUGAAUGUAUGGAGUGUGGAAAGAGCUUUAGUGAUAAUAGAACCCUUAGAAGACAUCAACGGACUCACACAGGGGAGAAACCAUAUGAAUGUAUGGAGUGUGGAAAGAGCUUUAGUGAUAAUGGAACCCUUAGAAGACAUCAACAGACUCACACAGGGGAAAAACCAUUUAAAUGCAUGGAAUGCGGAAGAAAAUUCAGUCAGAGUGGACACCUAAAUAUGCAUCAACUGACUCACACGGGUGAAAAACCUUUUAAAUGCAUGGAGUGCGGAAAGAACUUUAGUGAUAAUGGAAAACUUAGAAGACAUCAACGGACUCACACAGGGGAGAAACCAUUUAAAUGUAUAGAGUGUGGAACGAGUUUUAGUGAUAAUGGAACCCUUAGAACACAUCAACGGACUCACACAGGGGAGAAAUCAUAUAAAUGUAUGCAUUGUGGAAAGAGCUUCAGUAAUAGUGGAAACUUCAAUUUACAUCAAUGGACUCACACAGGGGAGAAACCAUAUGAAUGUAUGGAGUGCGGAAAGAGCUUCAGUUUCAAAGGAAGCCUUAGAAGACAUCAACGGACUCACACAGAGGAGAAACCAUGUGAAUGUAUGGAGUGUGGAAAGAGCUUUAGUGAUAAUGGAACCCUUAGAAGACAUCAACAGACUCACACAGGGGAAAAACCAUUUAAAUGCAUGGAGUGCGGAAGAAAAUUCAGUCGGAGUGGACACCUAAAUAUGCAUCAACUGACUCACACGGGUGAAAAACCUUUUAAAUGCAUGGAGUGCGGAAAGAGCUUUAGUGAUAAUGGAACCCUUAGAAGACAUCAACGGACUCACACAGGGGAGAAACCAUAUGAAUGUAUGGAGUGCGGAAAGAGCUUUCGUGAUAAUGGAACCCUUAGAACACAUCAACGGACUCACAUAGGGGAGAAACCAUGUAAAUGUAUGGAGUGCGGAAAGAGCUUCAGUUUCAAAAGAAGCCUUAGAAUACAUCAACGGACUCACACAGGGGAGAAACCAUAUGAAUGUAUGGAGUGCGGAAAGAGCUUCAGUUUCAAAGGAAGCCUUAGAAUACAUCAACGGACUCACACAGGGGAGAAACCAUAUGAAUGUAUGGAGUGCGGAAAGAGCUUCAGUUGCAAUGGAAGCCUUAGAACACAUCAACGGACUCACACAGGGGAGAAACCAUGUAAAUGUAUGGAGUGCGGAAAGAGCUUCAGUUUCAAAGGAAGCCUUAGAAUACAUCAACGGACACACACGGGGGAGAAACCAUGUAAAUGUAUGGAGUGCGGAAAGAGCUUUCAUGAUAAUGGCAACCUUAGAAGACAUCAACGGACUCACACAGGGGAGAAACCAUGGGAGAAACCAUAUAAAUGUAUGGAGUGUGGAAAGAGCUUCAGUAAGAGUGGACACCUCAAUAUGCAUCAACGGACUCACACAGGGGAGAAACCAUUUAAAUGUAUGGAGUGUGGAAAGAGCUUCAAUCGAAGUGGAAGCCUUAGAAGACAUCAACGGACUCACAGAGGGGAGAAACCAUUUAAAUGUAUGGAGUGCGGAAAGAGCUUCAGUCGAAGUGGAAGCCUUAGAAGACAUCAACGGACUCACAGAGGGGAGAAACCAUUUAAAUGUAUGGAGUGUGGAAAGAGCUUCAGUCGGAAUGGAGACCUUAAAUUACACCAGUGGAUUCACACAGGGGAGAAACCAUUUAAAUGCAUGGAGUGCGGAAAGUGCUUCAGUGAUAAUGGAAGCCUUAGAAGACAUCAACGGACUCACACAGGGGAGAAACCAUUUAAAUGCAUGGAGUGUGGAAAAAGCUUCAGUUUCAAUGCAACCCUGCGAAGACAUCAACGGACUCACAGAGGGGAGAAACCAUAUAAAUGUAAGGAGUGUGGAAAGAGUUUCAGUCGAAGUGGAAGCCUUAGAAGACAUCAACGGACUCACAGAGGGGAGAAACCAUUUAAAUGUAUGGAGUGCGGAAAGAGCUUCAGUCGGAAUGGAGACCUUAAAUUACACCAGUGGAUUCACACAGGGGAGAAACCAGGAUUUGGCUAG